UGGUCUAAAUAAAUUAUCCCUCAAACGACGACACUGUACGUCGUGUUUCUCUCCCCGGGAGCUCCCACCCAGCUCUCAACGUUUCAUGUGUGUCAAAGGUUUUUACCUGUUCCUUUCAAUUGUUUUUGGGUUUCCGUUAAAUCUUAACUCGUAAGAAACAAAAUAUUUCUCAGGACACCUCUGCAUUUUCCUCGCUUCACAUUUUAAUCCUAACAAUAUCAAGAGCGAUCUCGGCGACUGGAUCCAGAUCCAAAAUUGUAUUGUUAGGAACAACAAUUCGAUUUCGUCGGUCUAGGGUUUCAGAUCUCGCAUAUUGAUUUAAUUGAUCGCAAAUUUUGAGCAAUUAAAAGCAAGACAACUUUGAGGGUUUAAGAAAUGCCAGUGAAGGUAGCACAAACGUCAUGCCGGGAUCGGACUCACGAGUUUCAGAGUGUAGCAGAUAGGCUAAGGAAGUCAGUUUCAUCUGGAUCUGGGCACAAUGGUACGAGCAGUAGUUCGAAAUCUGAUGAACAGCGAUCUUCUGUGGCACUUCAGUCCGAGUUCAACAAGAAGGCUUCCAAGAUAGGGUUUGGGAUACACCAGACUUCGCAGAAGCUUUCCAAGCUGGCAAAAUUGGCAAAAAGGACUUCAGUUUUCGAUGACCCCACCAUGGAAAUCCAGGAGCUUACAGCUGUUAUUAAGCAGGAUGUUACUGCACUUAACUCUGCAGUGGUAGAUCUUCAACUUUUUUGCAACUCAAGGAAUGAGGGUGCUAUCUCCAGCGACACCACUAUUCAUUCAACUACUGUGGUAGAUGACCUGAAGAAUCGCUUGAUGAGUACCACUAAAGAGUUCAAAGACGUUCUUACCAUGCGAACAGAGAAUUUGAAGGUUCAUGAGAACAGAAGACAAUUGUUUUCAUCCUCUGCUUCUAAGGAUUCUACAAAUCCUUUUGUUCAGCAGCGGCCACUGGCUGCUAGGUCAGCUGCUAGUUCUUCAACGUCUCCUCCUCCAUGGGCUAAUGGUUCACCAUCUUCUUCUCCGUUGUUUCCCAGGAAUCAGAUGGAUGGGGAGAGUCAGCCAUUGUUGCAGCAACAACAGCAUCAACAGCAGCUGGUUCCAUUGCAAGAUAGUUACAUGCAGAGUAGAGCUGAAGCUCUUCAGAAUGUAGAAUCAACCAUCCAUGAACUAGGCAAUAUCUUCAACCAGCUGGCAACCCUGGUCUCUCAGCAAGGGGAGAUUGCUAUCAGGAUUGAUGAGAAUAUGGAUGACACUUUGGCAAAUGUGGAGGGCGCGCAAGGGGCUUUGCUCAAGUACCUCAACAGUAUAUCAUCUAAUAGGUGGCUGAUGAUCAAGAUAUUCUUUGUAUUGAUUUUUUUCCUCAUGAUUUUCCUCUUCUUUGUGGCAUAGUCAAUGCAGAGAAACUAUAAAGAAAAUUUUGUGCCCUUUUUCCCUAGAGAUGAUCCAUUGCUAUUCUUUACGUGUAUAAUUUAUAUUUUUAUUCUUGUGGUAUAAACAAUUUGUACGCCGAAAGAUAUACUACUAGUCUUUGCUUGUGGAA